UAGGCGCCGGUAGGUUGAAGGCCACCCUGGUUCCAGCCGGUCUUGUCUGCCAGCGUUCACGCCGUCGAAGCAAACUGCGACCCGGGAGUUGGACGCAACGCCCGCAGAGUCGCUAACCGAACACAGUUGCCUGUCACCUAGUCGUGUGCGUUCGUGUGUGUGUGUCCGUGUGGAGGAAUUUGCUGAUUCGCCGAUUUUUGUGAAUUCUCAGGUGACCAUGGGUGUGCUGAUCCAGGAGCCCCUGGAGGUGGAGCAAUUCCCCAGACGGCGGAAGGGCCUGAACAAGUGCUGCUGCAGCUGCUCUCUGCAGGCCGGAUGCAUCAUCAUCGGCACCUUGACUACCUUUCAUGGAUUGGGUGCCUUUUUGGCUUCUCUUUUUUCAUUAAUUUUCGGAGGAGGAGACUUGUUUGGAAAUACAUACUCAAAUGUUGGUGUCCGCCUAUGUAUUAUGUUGGUGAUUGGACUUUUGCAUUUUGCAACAGGUGUGAGUCUCAUAUACGGCUCUGAUAAGAGACGGCCAUCAUUUAUGAAAUUCUGGCUCUUCACGCAGUAUGUGGAGUUUACGUUGCUUGUCGCUGCUGCUGUAAUCACCUUCAUAAUAUCAAUGGUUCACGGCGUCCCCGUAGGCGCCAUUUGGUCUCUGCUUGCCUACUUUACCGUUGUCAUUGGUAUACUCAUGUACUGCAUUGCUGUCGUACAAGGCUUCUGCCGUGAAGUUAUGGAGUCUGAAAAUAAUAAACGAUAUCUGAAGGAAGAAAUAUAAAAGAUAUUUUGAAAAGCAGUAGGAUUUGGUUGUACCGAAUCCCUUGCAUUUUUAUAUAUUGCAAUGUUUGCUUAUAUAAGAGCUUGCAACUUGUAACAGUUACUGACAACUUGUACAAACACAAGUGUCUCAAAGGAAAAGUAAAGAUACAUUUCUUUUACUUGCUUAAUAGAAAUAGCUUAUUGUGUUGCAUAUGAUUAAAAUAUUAUAUUACAUGAAAAAGUGUGAAAUAGAAUAAUGAUUUGUAAAGAUCUUAAUGAAUUAAUCAAGCCAUGGCAUGGGUGUUGCUAAAAUUAUACAUUAGGACAAGCACAUCUUUUCAAUGAAGAUCAUAAAGAGUGUUAUUUAAUGAUUUCUAAGUUGUUUUUUUUAAAUUCUCAGAUAAAUGUGCAGAGUAAAUCUAUGACUUCAAACCCUACAAUAAUGAAUAUUUCAUUGUAGAAAGCUUUCGUCAUUUUUAAACUUUUUGCAUGUCAUUAGGUUUUUAAGUAUUUGAAGUUAUGAGUUAAUUAAAAACUGACAAUGUAUGAAAUAUAUCUGUAUUAAUAUACACUUAGAUCACUCAGCUUCUAGAAUUACUUUUAAAGAUUUGUAUUAAGCCAUGAUAAUUUGUAAAAUUUUGUUCUCUGUACACAGUAUUAUAAAUAAAGAUGUGUCUGAAAAUUUAACAAGUUUCUGUUUAAUUCUCUGUUUAGCAAAUUCCAUAGUGGCAGCAGAGAUAUUGUGAUAAUCC